GGGCGACCCGCUAUAAUAAUUUCGCACAAAUGGGAGUGGGCGAACUUCACGAAUUCCAAAGUACUUCGUGAUAUAAAUAUCAACCAAACCCCAGUUCUUUGUUGCGUUUUCUAAAACCCCAGUUUCAAAAGUGUAAGCCCUGGCAGGCGCCAUGAAUUUUUUAAGGAGGGCAAUCGCAGGAGGACUUGUAUCUUCGUCUUCUUCUUCACCAAGGAAAUGUCUACUGUUAUCAAUUCAUCGCGUUCGUACUCUGCAACACUAUUCCUACUCCUCAACGACACAUUACGAACAGAAGACACAAACCGCCUUGAAUCCCAAAGCCGAACCACAUCAAUCAUCAUCCUCACCAUCAUGGUUGAGUGGUUCUGAAAUGGUUCAAAAGAAAGCGAAGGAUUGGCCAAGGCCCAAAGAGAUUCCGUUUCAGGCAAAGGUUGCGAAUUCGGUGAGUCUGAUCGGCCGUGUUCACAUUCCUGUUCAGUUUCAAGUUUCCCCCGACGGCCAGUACUGGGCUGGCACCAUAAUCACCCAACAGGACUACGACGACAAGGGCGACAAUGCUUCUGAUUAUCCAUCUUUUUGGAUUCCGUUAAUAUUUGAAGGUGAUCUAGCGCAUAUUGCUUAUUAUCAUCUGAAGAAAGAAGAUUAUGUUCACAUUACUGGACAACUAAGUGCAGAUCAACCACAGAUCACUAUAAGUGAAAUUCAAGCACAUUCCCAAAGCCGAGCACAUGCCCAGGUUAUGGUGCGUAGCGUGGACUUUGUGGAACACUCAUCUAAGCUGAAGAAAUCCUCUGCAUCAUGCCAGAAAGAAGAAAAGACUAUCAGUUCUGCUAGUAUGUCAAAGGAUGGAGACUCCGCAUUGAGCUCUUGGAGAGACCUUGUCACAAAUCCAGCAAGAUGGUGGGAUCACCGUGAAAAUAAGAUCAAUGGGUUGGUGAAACCAAAACAUCCAGAUUUUAAACAUAAGGAUAGUGGUCUCGCACUCUGGAUUAACAUGGCUCCAAAAUGGGUCCAGACAGAUCUUAAAGGAUUAAAGUUUGAUGUUCAACCUCAUGGAAUGAAACAAGUAAAAGAGGGUAGAGCUAGUAUGUCAGAAAAAGGAGACCCUGCAUUGAGCUCUUGGAGUGAGCUCCUCAAAAAUCCAGAAAGAUGGUGGGAUCACCGUCAAAAUAAGCUCAAUGGGUUGGUGAAACCAAACUAUCCAGAUUUUAAACACAAGGAUAGUGGUCUCGCACUCUGGAUUGACAGGGCUCCAAAAUGGUUCCUUACAAAACUUGAAGGAUUGGAGUUUGAUGUUCAACCUCCUGGAAUGAAACAAGUAAAAGGGAGUAGAGGUGUUGAGAUGCGCGUGUGGUGAUCAUCUUGGUGCUAUGUGAAGAUUUAAAUCUUGUUGAUGGAAUGCUGCUUUUGAUGAUAAUGCCCAGCUACUGGUUUACAAGGUGCCUUGUUUGUCUUAUUGAUGAAUCAGAUCUUGUGUUGCAAGUAUAGGAAAAAUCAGGUUAUGGUACGAUGCAUGGUCGGAUUUUACCAGUGUAGAAUCUUAUCUGUUUUGGGAACUCUUAAAAUGUCUAGUAUUUGUAUGCCAAUGAUCUAUACCAUGUAUGUUAUGGAGAAGCCAGUUAUACUUUUAUUCAUGUAUAGUUGAUGAAGUUUUUAGGUUUUUCUUAAUUGUGCUUGGCAUUUGAAAACUAACUUGUGAGUAAAUCAAAUAAACUUGUCUAUUGGUGGCA